CUGGUCUGGAAUUCCUGAGAUUAGGCGAUCCACCUGCCUCUGGCUCCCAGAGUGUUCGGAUUACAGGAGUGAGCCGCCAAGCCCAGCCAGAGACCCUGUCCAUAAGGUACAGGCCGUAAGAACGCCUCCUCAGAACAGAGAACAGCAUCAGCGGCUGGGAGACUGCAAGAGAGACGUCCGAAAGAACCACCGGUCCCGCGGUCAGGGGAAACCACCACAGUCCGUAUAAGGGCUGCCCAGCUCUUCCGCGCGCGUCGCAGUCCCGCCCCUUCCGCCGAGGCCGACCAACCGCCCCUGAGGGUGGAGCCGUUUCCACCCGAGGCUGAGCACAGCCGGAAGCGGGCGGUAACCCUGGGCCCUGCCCCUGCCGCCCUGUUGGAGAUGGCGGACCUCCACCGCCAGCUGCAGGAGUACCUGACGCAGGGGAAAGCGGGCGGGACGGCGGCCGCGGAGCCUCUACUCGCAGCGGGGAAUGCGGAGGAGGCCGCGGACGGGGCAGGGCCGUCGGGGGCGUGGCUGAGCCGCACAGGCCUGCGUUGGACGUGGGCGCGGAGCCCCGCGGAGCCGGCCUCAGCGGGCCCGACGUGCGUGCCGAGCGUGACGCGCGGGCAGCGGCUGGCGGCGGGCGGCGGGUGCCUGCUGCUGGCGGCACUCUGCUUCUGCCUGGCCGCGCUCUACGCGCCGGUGCUGCUACUACGCGCACGCAAGUUCGCGCUGCUCUGGUCGCUGGGCUCGGCGCUGGGGCUGGUGGGCGGCGCGCUGCUGCGGGGCGGCGCGGCGUGUGGACGCUUGUUGCGCGGCGAGGAAACUCCGCCGCGGCCCGCGCUGCUCUACGUGGCGGCGCUCGGUGCCACGCUGUACGCGGCCUUGGGUCUGCGCAGCACGCUGCUUACGGUGCUGGGUGCCUGCGGGCAGGUGGCCGCGCUGCUGGCGGUGCUUGUCGGGCUGCUGCCCUGGGGCGGCGGCACCGCGCUGCGCCUCGCGCUCGGCCGCCUGGGCCGCGGCGCCGGCCUCGCGAAGGCCCUGCCGGUGUGAAACUCCGGGCCCGCGUCGUCGGUAUAGGACUAGGAGCCAGCCACGACCGGCACCGUCGGAGGCCAGCCGGCCGAAUCAAGGACUGGACUCGCCAGGUCCCGGACCGCCCGCCGCGACACAUCCAGCUGACCCCGGACGGCGCGGAGCGAAGGGCCUCCCAGGACUGUGCCGGCGAGUCUGUGGACUUUGAGCAGCCGUUAGUAACUGACACACGAACAAUUUGACAAGGUCCUCGGUGUCAGCGUGUGCUCUGAAAACGGGAAUUUUGGCAUUGUAUUGAUGGUAGUAUGCGGUGAGGCGGCGCUUAGAGGUUGCUUUGGCAUUAGUGUGGUUUUAGAAUUGAACUGAGAAAAAAUAGCUUUUUGAAUUAGCUGCUACUUUGGUGAUUUUUCUCAGGCUUGUCUUUUACCUUAUUUAAAAAAAUCCAGUGAUCGAUGUUUAGCUGCAAUAAUUUUUGGUUUUGGUAUGAAUCUAGAAAGGUAUCAGAUUAAACACUGAAUUUAGCUAGUGGGUUUUUUAAAGUACUUGGCUUUGGUUAAGACAGUUUAUCUCGGGUAUUUUCUUCAAAGGAAUUGUAAAUACGGUGCCUUACAACAUAAGAGGAAAAUUAGUGGUUUAUUAGACAUGAAAGUGGCGACCAAAAGUAAUUUCCUGCUCCGUAAAAAUGGUGGUAAGGUGGCUGUAAAGACACUAGAGGUCACGGAAGUGGGCUUAGAAAUCCUGGCAGAUAGGAAGAGAAUUCUACAUCCAGAAUCCCCAUAUUUGCUGGAAGCCAUAAAUUUUCUACAAGCUCUAUCACUCCUAAUCUUAUGGUUUGCUUUUUAAACUGUAGAUUACAAUUUGCAGGCAGAUUGUAUGGUACUUUUCCUUAUCUAAUUGCUAAAUUUCCUUCAAUUUAGGUUCAGUACUUUUAUUCACCUUAUUUAUUGUUAGAAAGUAUGGACCCAAUAUUCUGAUGAAUUCCAGAAAACUGCAUGUUUUGUCAGUAGCUGUAAACCAGGAAGUAAAAUGUAUGUAGAAUUUUAAAAUUCUGUGCCAAUAAUUCUCAUGCUUGAUUGCACAUAAGAAUUACUUAAAUAACCUCAUGAGGAUCAAUUCAGCUGGAAUCUCUGGGAGGUAGGACUUAGACAUUAAUAUAUUUUUUAAACCUCCCAGAUGAUUGGGUCAGCCAAGGUUGAGAACCACUACUGUGGGUUGGCUUGCACAAUUUGGAAAUACAGUAGAACAUCCAGUUGGCCACCUCUUUAAGUUGACCUAAUUUUAGUAGGCCUGACAUGCGUCACAUGUACAUAUCAGUACAGUAGGCCUAGUUCCUUAUCUUGGUCACAUAGGAUCACCUUGUGUCAGUCUUUUGGAUGGCCAACUUCCAGAAGUUGUACUGUAAUUUUUUCCAGAGUUGGAUUCCAGUGUUGCCUUAAUACUGUAUGUCAUGCAGCAGCACUGUUUCUUCCUCUAACCCCCAAUUUUAUGUUCCUAGGUCAGUGCCCUGAGCCCUGCCCCAAGAAUGGUACUAAAGCAGCCAAGAUGCACAGUGUAGGCUUUGUAUUUGCCAAGUUUCUCCAUCAGUAAAUAGGGUUACCUACCUCGAGAGGGAGCUCGUGAGAGUAAAUGCAGUAUUUUCAGCGAGUGACAUAUUUAGUUGUAAAGACUUGUGCCAUUGACUGCUCCUUCUGGUUCCCAAGUUAAAUUUGUUCUAAAUUUCUCUGGAAUUGUAUGGCUGGGAAUUCUAUGAUAUUAUUGUUUAUGUUUUAUAUUUCUUAAGUAAAAUUUAAAAACUUCUGCUUCAGCCGGUUGCAGUAGCACACAUCUUUUGGGGAGGCUAGGUAGGAGUAUCACUUAGGAGUUCUGGGGUGUAGUGCACUAUGCUGGUGUCUACGCUAAGUUUUUGGCAUCGAUACGGUGACCUUAUGGGAGCAGGGGACCAGGCAAUAGGUGAACUAACCCAGGUUGGAAACAGAGCAAGUCAGAACUUCUGAGUUGAUAAGAUUAGUGGUAUGUUACCUGGGAGUUGCCACCUCACUCCACACUUGGGCCUGGACAUUGCCAGGCUGUUUGUUGGUUUUCUUCAAACAUUAUUUGAAAAAUCUUGUUUUUAUAAAAUUCAAAACACAGUAUCUAGUAUGUAUUUUGACAGAUGUUUUUAAAUGUCAUAUAUAU